CCCCCCGCGGUAUGGACCGGGGCGACCCCCCCCGCCUGCCGGGGACUUGUUGUGCGCCGAGCCGCUGCCGCCGCCUGGGCACGUCGGCGUCGCGGGGGCUCUGCCUGCUGCUGGCCGCGCUGUGCUGCCUGCGCUCCGUGCAAGGUGCAAGAGCAAAAUGUGAAGAAUCUCAAUUCCAGUGCAAUAAUGGACGUUGUAUUCCCUUAUUAUGGAAAUGUGAUGGUGAUGAUGAUUGUUCUGAUGGCAGUGAUGAACGUUCCUGUGUGAAGAAGACAUGUGCUGAAUCUGACUUUGUAUGCAGCAAUGGGCAGUGUGUACCAAACAGGUGGCAGUGUGAUGGAGAUCCAGACUGUGAAGAUGGAUCUGAUGAAAACCCAGAACUGUGCCAUAUGAGAACAUGCCGGGUAAAUGAAGUCAGCUGUGGUGCAAAGUCCACUCAGUGUAUUCCUGUGUCCUGGAAGUGUGACGGUGAAAGAGAUUGUGACAGUGGUGAAGAUGAAGAGAACUGUGGCAAUGUAACUUGUAGUCCAGCAGAGUUCACUUGCAAAAGUGGACAGUGCAUCUCCAAAAACUUUGUCUGCAAUGGCCAAGAUGACUGCAGUGAUGGUAGUGAUGAACUAGACUGUGCACCACCUACUUGUGGAGUCCAUGAAUUCCAAUGCAAGAGCUCUACCUGUAUCCCAAUUAGUUGGGUAUGUGAUGAUGAUGCAGACUGUUCAGACCAGUCGGAUGAAUCUCUGGAGCAGUGUGGCCGUCAGCCUGUCCCUCCUGUGAAGUGCUCUCCCAGUGAAGUACAGUGUGGCUCGGGGGAAUGCAUUCACAAGAAAUGGCGCUGUGAUGGAGAUGCAGACUGCAAGGAUGGAAGCGAUGAGAUAAAUUGCCCUUCUCGGACUUGUAGGCCAGACCAGUUCAGAUGUGAAGAUGGGAACUGCAUCCACGGUAGUAGGCAAUGCAAUGGUGUCCGAGACUGCCUGGAUGGAAGUGAUGAGGCCAACUGUCAAAAUGUCAAUCAGUGCUCUGGACCUGGCAAAUUCAAGUGCAGAAGUGGAGAAUGCAUUGAUGCCAGCAAAGUCUGUAACCAGCAGCAGGACUGCAGGGACUGGAGUGAUGAGCCCCUCAAGGAAUGCAACCUUAAUGAAUGCCUGGUAAACAAUGGUGGCUGCUCCCAUAUCUGCAGAGACUUGAUCAUUGGAUAUGAAUGUGACUGCCCAGCUGGUUUUGAGCUAAUAGAUAGGAAAACAUGUGGAGAUAUCGAUGAAUGCCAGAAUCCUGGGAUCUGCAGCCAAAUCUGUAUUAACCUAAAAGGGGGCUACAAGUGCGAAUGUAGUCGUGGCUACCAAAUGGACCUAGCUACUGGAGUGUGCAAAGCAGUUGGAAAAGAACCGGCUCUAAUCUUCACUAACCGUCGGGACAUCAGGAAGAUUGGCCUAGAAAGGAAAGAAUACACCCAGCUGGUAGAGCAACUGAGAAACACUGUAGCACUGGAUGCUGAUAUUGAAGAGCAGAAACUUUACUGGGCUGACUUUAGCCUUAAAGCAAUCUUUAGUGCCCCACUUGAUACUCGUGACAAAGUAGGUAAACAUGUUAAAAUUGUAGACAAUGUGCAUAGCCCUGCAGCAAUUGCUAUUGACUGGGUAUACAAGAAUAUCUACUGGACUGACUCUGCUCUGAAGACCAUUUCUGUGGCUAGUAUUGAUGGCACUAAAAGAAGGAUUCUAUUCAACACUGACUUAAGAGAGCCAGCCUCCAUUGCUGUGGAUCCUCUCUCUGGCUUUAUGUACUGGUCUGACUGGGGUGAACCAGCAAAAAUUGAAAAAGCAGGAAUGAAUGGAUUUGAUAGACAGCAGCUGGUAACAACUGAAAUCCAGUGGCCUAAUGGAAUUGCACUAGAUCUUGUAAAAAGUCGCCUUUACUGGGUUGACUCUAAACUACAUAUGCUGUCCAGUGUGGAUCUGAAUGGCCAGGAUCGUAGGAUUGUGCUGAAAUCACAUGAGUUGCUUGCACAUCCCCUUGCUCUAACCAUAUUUGAGGACCGUGUCUACUGGAUUGAUGGGGAGAAUGAGGCCAUCUAUGGUGCCAACAAAUUUUCUGGAUCUGAAUGGGUAACACUGGUGAACAACCUCAAUGAUGCACAGGAUAUCAUUGUCUAUCAUGAGCUUGUUCAGCCUUCAGGCAAGGACUGGUGCCAUGAGGAUGUAGUAAAUGGAGGCUGUGAGUACAUGUGCCUGCCUGCUCCCCAGAUAAAUGAAUACUCUCCAAAGUAUACCUGCACGUGUCCUACUGGAUACAACUUGCAAGAGGAUGGCCUGAAGUGUUCAGUUUCAGGUACUGGAACUACUGUGGUUCUCUUUGAGACAAAAGAUACCAGCACAACAGAAAAGUCAUCUCUUGGACCAGUUCCUGGAGGACGCAAUCUCAGCAGUACAGUGUCAGAAGUAAGUUCUACUAAAAGAACUUCAGCUGCAUGGGCCAUUAUUCCUGUAUUAUUGGUGGCAAUGGCUGCAGUAGGUGGUUACUUCAUGUGGCGUAACUGGCAACACAAGAACAUGAAAAGCAUGAACUUUGACAACCCUGUCUACUUGAAAACCACUGAAGAAGACCUCACUAUUGAUAUUGGGAGACACAGCAGUUCAGUAGGACACACUUACCCAGCAAUAUCUAUUGUAAGUACAGAUGAAGAUGUAGCUUGAAUACCACAACUGGUGAUCCUUCUUUCAGUCUACUUGUGUGCUACACUUUUUUGGAUGGUAACCAGUCCAGUGGCUGAAACUCAUUCAUUCUGGAAGAAUGAAGAUUCCUCUUGUGAAAUGGAGCAAGCUUGUAUACUUAUACAGCUUAACAAUAGAAACUUGUAAAUAUUGUCCACAACAAUUCAGCUUUUGAUGGUUACUGUCUUACCUGUAACCCUUAAAUUGGUCAAUUGCCACCACUGACCAAAUAUUUUAAAGCACUUUCCAUAGAAAGCCAUAUUCCAGCCACAACUUGUGCUAUAGUGUACCACCUGUACAUAUGUGUAUAGGCCAUUUGUAAAUAUUCCUAGCAAUCACUUUGAAGCACUUUGAAAUACUUCAGAUGUAAAUUAUUAUAAACUUUUUCAAUGGUUGGGGCAAUGGCAAUAGGAGAAAACGGGUUACUCAGAUAAAUUGCCAAAAAUUUGUAAACAUAAGUAGUUUUGUAUGUCUGACUAAAUUGCGAAUCUUGUCUUUUGACCUCCUUGGAGGGGUGAAGAGGAUGAAUGCUCUUUAAGAAACCACUGUAAAUUGAAAUGCAAACAUUAAUUAAAAACCAAGCAGUAAAAUAUAUAA